GCUGGACCUGGGAGCUUCAGACCUGCUGGACCUGGGAGCUUCAGACCUGUUGGACCUGGGAGCUUCAGACCUGCUGGACAUCUGCUGCUGACGCGCUCAUCUUUAGGCUUCACACCGGCAGGUUAAUGAAAACAUGGACGACUGGGAAGAAGAGGAAACUCCAAGAACUUUCAGCAGCUACACACCACAUGGAGUGUUUGCAGGUGGAGACGGUGGAGAUGGUGGAGACGCUGCGCGCGGAGACCGAGGAGGAUUCAGAGGCCGAGGUCGCAGCAGAGGGUUUGGCAGGACGGAGCAGAGCCACUUCAGUGCUAACGGUCAUGGAGACCAUGAAAACGGAUUCAGAGGAAGAAGAGGAGGCAGCAGAGGAGGAAGGUUCAGAAAAGAAGAUCAGGGUGGGCACGAAGACCUGAGGGGAGGUUACCGUGGGAGAGAUGAGGAGAUCUUCCCUGCUCGUUCUGGAGAGGACAAAGACCCAGAGAACGAGGACGCUGACAGACCCAGAGUCACGUAUGUUCCCCCCACCCUCCCUGAGGACGAGGAGUCCAUCUUCUCCCACUAUGAGACUGGGAUCAACUUCAACAAGUACGACGAGAUCCUGGUGGACGUCAGCGGGACCAACCCACCUCAGGCCAUCAUGACUUUUGACGAGGCCGGACUCUGCAAGUCCCUGGUGACCAACGUCAGCAAGUCUGGGUACGUGAAGCCAACUCCGGUGCAGAAGCACGGCAUCCCGAUCAUCUCUGCUGGCAGAGAUCUGAUGGCCUGCGCCCAGACUGGAUCCGGUAAAACGGCUGCGUUCCUGCUGCCCAUCCUGCAGCAGUUGAUGGCGGACGGUGUGGCGGCCAGUCGGUUCAGUGAGAUCCAGGAACCCGAGGCCAUCAUCGUGGCUCCAACCAGAGAACUCAUCAACCAGAUCUUCCUGGAGGCCCGCAAGUUUGCUUUUGGGACCUGUGUGCGCCCUGUGGUGGUGUACGGCGGAGUCAGCACCGGACACCAGAUUCGAGACCUCACACGGGGGUGCAACAUGUUGUGUGGGACUCCAGGACGUCUGCUGGACGUGAUUGGAAGAGGAAAGGUUGGUUUGAGUAAAGUGCGGUACCUGGUCCUGGAUGAGGCUGACCGCAUGCUGGACAUGGGAUUUGAGCCAGUCAUGCGCCGCCUGGUCGGUUCUCCUGGAAUGCCGUCCAAAGAGAGCCGUCAGACCCUGAUGUUCAGCGCCACGUAUCCUGAGGACAUCCAGAGGUUGGCAGCAGACUUUCUGAAGGCGGACUACCUGUUCCUCGCCGUGGGCAUUGUGGGCGGAGCCUGCAGCGACGUGGAGCAGAAGUUUGUUCAAGUCACCAAGUUUGACAAGAGGGAGCAGCUGCUGGACAUCCUGAGGACCACCGGAUCGGAGCGGACCAUGGUGUUUGUAGAAACCAAGAGGCUGGCGGAUUUCAUUGCUGCCUUCUUGUGCCAGGAGAAGCUUCCCACCACCAGCAUCCACGGGGACCGUGAGCAGCGGGAGCGCGAACAGGCCCUGGCAGACUUCCGCUCCGGUAAAUGUCCCGUCCUGGUGGCCACCUCGGUCGCUGCCCGUGGUCUGGACAUUCCAGAUGUUCAACACGUGGUCAACUUCGAUCUGCCUAAAGACAUCGAUGAGUACGUUCAUCGCAUCGGAAGGACUGGUCGGUGUGGAAACACUGGGAGGGCCGUGUCCUUCUUUGACCCGGACGUUGACGGUCAGCUGGCCCGCUCCCUGGUCACCAUCCUGUCCAAGGCCCAGCAGGAGGUCCCGUCCUGGUUGGAGGAGUCCGCCUUCAGCGGUUCUGGGGGCUCUGCCUUCAACCCGUGCAGGAAGCCCUUCGUGUCCACAGACAGCAGGAAGAGAGGUUCUUUCCAGGACAGCAGUGUCCAGAACCAGCCUGCGGUCCAAACUGCUGCUGCUGAGGAGGAGGAUGAGUGGGAGUGAAGAGUCCAGCCUCCAUCAAGCUGUGGAUCCAGAGUUCAUGUUGUUGUAGUUCCACAACGUUCAGUUUAUCCUGGAAGUGACAGGAACGCCGCGUCGUCUUGUUUUAUACCUUGGUUUUCUUUUUUUACUUUUAUAAAGUGAUGGAACU